AAAAAAGAACGUCAAAAAGAAGAAUCCUGCUCGCCAAAUCCGAUGCGGUGUUGACGAUUGAUUUCGAUUGAUUGAUUAUGGUGCAGUUCGGGCCUCGAUCAGGAAAAACAGGACGUGUGAAUUUGUGAAGACUACUGUUGCCAAGUUGUGCCUCGGUGGAAAAUCCCCGGUCCACGAUCGAACGGCAUCGGGACAAACGUUUGCCGUUGGGUUGUGCUGCCUUGAAAGCAGUGGUUGGAAGCAGCGAUAAAAGUGAACACUCUGUUUUGAUCAAAUUAGGCGACUAUGCCUUCCAAGAAGAAAAAGUAUAAUGCCCGAUUUCCGGCGGGACGGAUAAAAAAAAUUAUGCAGACGGACGAGGAAGUCGGGAAGGUGGCCCAAGCCGUGCCGGUCAUAAUCUCUCGAACCCUGGAGUUGUUUGUCGAAUCGUUGCUUACCAAAACGCUCCGCAUCACCAACGCUCGGAACGCAAAAACACUGUCCCCGUCACACAUGAAACAGUGCAUUUUCUCCGAGAGUCGGUUCGACUUUCUGCGGGAUCUUGUCAAAAAUAUACCGGACAUCGGGGCCAACGAAGAACCGCUGUCCGGAUCGGAAACCGGCUACGGUAACGAGGCCGGUGCCUCACCUGCGUCCACUUCCACAUCAUCGUCUUCGAAUGGUGGUGGUGCUGGAGGAUCAACAAUCUCUCUGAUCGCCAGAGAAUCGUUGGCAGCUUCGGUCGCAACACAACUUCAGCGAUCCGAAUCGUACACUCCAAGCGGUAGCAACUAUGCUCCUCAGAUUAGCGUGGUACAGACGCAGCAAGGGACCGGAGCCAGCGGUGGCAAUCUGCACGCUCAGAAUCAGCUAAAGCGAACGCUGAAUCACGCUAACAGUUUAAACUUUUACAAAGAAAUCUCGCUGGAAGAGUCGGCUGGCAGUGGAUCCGGGAGCAACCGGGAGCCACCACCGAAACUGGCCCGGCUGCAUUCGGCUCCGGCCGCCAAUGCGGUACCAAUCAAGAUUGAUAUUGUACCGAACCCAGUGGAAGCGGUCCUGGGAGCUGCCGCUGGUGGGCGAGCUCAGUCGGGAUCCGUGAAUAGCAGUAACUUCAAGAUAUGCUACGGUUCUCAGACAGCCCUCACAACGCCAACGGUCGCCUCAAUCCAACAGCAUCAGCAACCGCUCAUCAAAUUGGACUAUUCCAACUUGCAGCUACCGUCGAUGACGACGACGACGACGAUGAACGCAACGGCUUCGAGCCAGCAGCACUCCAAGCAACAUCAACCUACUCACCACCGAACAAUAAACCAGACCCGAAACCAUCAGCCACAACAGCAGCAGCAACCAACGAUUAAGAUAGACCUGAGUAACAUAACCAAUUUUGCCCCGGGUGGACUCGCAGUUGGUGGCCCAGGGAUCAACUACAUGCAGAAGCAGGAAGUGCCUUCGACGCCCGGUGGCGGCAGUUGUUCGACUCCUUCGACACCGUUGUCGACCAUGAGUAUUGCUUCUUCGUCUCCUGCUCCUUCAUCAGGAUCGUCGGCUUCCAGUCGGAAUCCGUACGUGUUUCAGUCUAGCUCAGUCCCUGCCGCCGGCAGCAGCAGCAACAGUUCGACGGCACCGCUCUUUUCCAGUGUUCAAUCUUCGACCAUCCCCGGCAUGGACGAGGACUACGACGACAUCUAACUGCAACUGGAAAAGGGUGACUCCUGCCGGCUCUGUGUGUGAAUGUGCUAUCGGUGGCUGAGUUAAAAUCCCGACCCUAGAUCAGGCCCAUACGUAGAUGAACCUUUCCCAGUUUAGACAUCAAACUUAAGUUGCAUUUAUAGGAAACUCUUUCUAACCCCUUCUCCUACUAAUCGAAAACAAAAACUCAAUUUUUCAUAAACUUAUUAACUAUGAACUUUGUACAGUAUGAUCCAAUCUGAAUUCAUCCAUCUUCUAGAGUGUAAGUUGACCCUAGAACUACAAGUCUAUUUCCAAAGGAGGCGAGAGAAAACAAACGAAAUGAAGAGAAACCGUCGGAGAGAAAUUGUGUCUCUCGUUAGUAAUAAGAGUGUUGAGAAUUGCAUAUGAUGUUUCACCCUUUGAAGAUAGUUCAAAUGUGUAAUAUUUAUCACAGUGUAAAAUUUCAACUAAUUCAACAAACAAAUGAGCCACCUAACGAAUGAUAGGCAUUGGCGGUGUUUUAUUAACUUUCAGGGAUGGAAACAUACAAAAAUACACAAACAAGCUUCGACACGGUUCCUAACCCCUCGAAAGGAUUCACAGACAGAAAAAAAAAAACAAAUAAAACAGUCACCCAUCACCGAACGACACUACUGAAUGCGGUUAUGAAGAACACUUGAAAAAUUUUGUACAACCUACAUAUGUAAGCUCAGAUGCACUGAGAAAUAAAUUUGUAAUUAGUGGUUUAAUAUGGAACAGCCUGGGGUGUUGUUACUAAUU